UCGCCCUCCGCGGGCGGCCUCUUUCCGGGAGUAGGCGGGGACCGGUGGGCACGGGCCGGCCCGGCCAUGCAGUGUGAGCGGGGUGGCAGCCGGCCCCGCAGGGAAGGCGGCCGGCACGGCCGGCGGCGGCCAGGCGGCGCGGAGAGGGCGGCCGAAGCGGCGACUGAAGGAAGCGGCAGGGACGGCCACGGGCGCGGAGGAGGCGGGGGCCGGGGAAGAGGCGGCGCUCACGGGCAGCGAAGAGGCGGGGGCCGGGGCAGGCGAGAGCCUCGAGGUCGCGGGGCAGCGCCGCCGCCCGCCGCCCACCAGCACCGGCGGGUAGAGGAUGAUGAUGAUACUGAAUCACAAGAGGAAGAAGAGAAGGAAAAACUGAAAAGCUAUUCAAGAAGAAAGAUUUUUUCCAACUGGAGCCGCUAUGAGGAUACAGAAAAAGAGGGACAGAGUGAACGUGGAGAGUCACAGAGAGGAACAGACUUCCAUGUAUUGCUUAGCUCAGCAGGAGAUUCCUUUUCACAGUUCCGACUUGCUGAUGAGAAAGAAUGGGAUAGAGAAAGCAUAUGCCAUGAGCAGCUAUCUGUGUUUUCUGUUGACUGCCAGUCUCUGGCCCAGGCCCUUCAGGAAUUGCCUCUACAUCUGAGGCUGAAUGUAGCUGCUGAACUGGUGCAGGCAUCAACACCUGCAGAGCUCCCACAGAUGAGAUCUAAAAUUAUUGAAGACAGCAAGAGGAGAGAGCUGCUGUUCCGACAGUCUCCGGCUCAGAGUGAGAGAGUGCUGGUCUCCCAUCCCACUGGUGGUUCUGUUGCUCCAUCAGAGUCUGGAAGUAGAAAUGGUCCUAGGGCAAGUGCGGCAGAACCAUUUCAGAGAGCCCAUCCACUGUCAAAGCAAGUGACUGACCAUUUGGAUGAAGAACUAGAUUUUCUCCUAAAUCUAGAUGCUCCCGUUGGUACAGAAAACAGACCUGCGUCUGGGGCGUUAUCCUACAGCAUAUCGACUGAGAAAGACUUGAAAAUGGAUUGUAAGGAAAAAGACCCUUUAAAACUACAUAUGCCUGAAGAGAAGAGUACAGCAUCACAGCAAAUUCAAAGUACUUCUAAAACUCUGACUGAGGAAGAGCUGGAAGAAUGGCUGGACAGCAUGAUUUCCUGAAGCUCACAUUUACUUAAUGUUUGCUACAUUCACUUAUUCACAUAAGUAGCAAGUUGAAUCUUAACCUUUACCUGUUUCACUUUGCUCAGUAUGCCAAAUGCCUGGUUUCCUUUGCUGGCACCUAAAAUUCUGUGCAACCAAAAUUCAUUUAGAUGUGAUUGAAAAUUGUCUAAGAGUAAUAUUCUUAAAAAGGUCUAAAAUUUGUGAUGAAAUUAGGAUUUUCUUUGCUAAAGAUACAGGCUACAGCACACUAAGACAACAGUUAUUUCAGCUUGUACUUGCUCUGUGUAGUCUUAAAAUAAAGCUGUGGAUGACCAAUGAAUACAUGUGGUUUUAGUCCCUCUUUUGUCAUGCUACAUCUCCAUAUUGUAGAAAGACGACGGCAAAGGUAAUAUUGGUUUGUAACACUUUAUUGCAGUGGGGUACUUUUUAUUACAAGAAGGAAAAAAAAAAAGCAUAGUCCUAGCAGUUUCUAAUUGCAGGUGACCAUAGAGCAUUUUUAUAUUUUGGCCUAAGAUUUAAAUUGUAUUCAUUUUGAUACAGUGUAUGUCUUUGAACAGCAGUGUCUAAUGAGCUGUUACUGAAGGUAGUAUAUAAACCAAUUUCAAGUGCCAUUUCAUACAGAAAGACAGAAAAGCAAUACAGUUAAUGGAUCUGUUCAUCUAGAACACUAAAAUAAAAAGUUUGCAUAGCUAUGUCUACAGAG